AUGGGCCAGACACCAUCGAUACCUCGGGACCCGUCCCGAGCACUCGAGAUCAUAGACAUGGGCUACUCGCGCACGGCCACCAUGUCCUUUGCUAUGGCGUUUGAGGAGAUACUCGACGGCCCAGCCAUGCACGGAGGAACGCAAAUGUUUAAUCGCGAAGAUGCCUACUGCCGAAACAUUAGUCUUUUAUACAAGUACAAGCGUGAGGGUGAUCGCGAGCGACUCCUCAAGACGCUCAAGGAGGUCAUUGGCGGCUUUGUUGGCUGUUCAGACUGUCCCAUGAUUCAUUUCUUGCCCGAGCUCAUGGAGCUGUAUCCAGAGGCCAAGGUCGUGCUCGUGACGCGGGACCCGGCGCGGUGGUGGGACAGUUUCAGCGUGUUUGGGGAUGCAGAUAUCAAGACACCGUGGUCGAAAUGGGCAUUUGAGCUCUUCAUGGCUCCAGUGCCGGGCGCACGUUGGUUUCCGUCCAUUGCGGCGGGAUUCGAUGAGGAUCUGGAACGCACACACGGUCUGACAAAACAGGACAAGGGGUUCCUGGACAAGCACAAUGCUUGGGUUCGACAACAAGUACCAAAGGAAAAGUUGCUGGAGAUGGACCUGGCUGCGGGGUGGGAGCCACUGUGCAAGUUCCUCAACAAACCUGUCCCUAACAAACCCUUUCCACGGGCCAACGACCGGGAGGCGCGAGACAAGUUCAUACGACAAAAGGUGAUACAGGCCGGCGCAAUCUGGAUUACGAUUUUCUCAGCUACGGUAGUCGCAGGACACGGCCUGUCGCGGUUCUGGAAAAGAAGUUGCUGUUAG